AUGGAAUCGCCUUCAGCACGUGUGGUCUCGCUGCCAGAGGAUGAGGAGCCCUGCGGAGGCUCUGGAGGCCCUGGUCAGCGCCCAGGAAGACCGAGGUCAGCAGAGUGUGCCCAGCCUGGGGUUGUGGAGAAGGUGCGGCCAAAGUGGAGCAACCCCCUGCAGUUCUUACUUACUUGUGUCUCCUAUGCUGUGGGCCUAGGCAAUGUAUGGCGCUUCCCCUACCUGUGCCAGAUGUAUGGUGGAGGGAGUUUCCUGGUCCCCUACCUCAUCAUGCUCAUUGUAGAGGGGAUGCCACUCUUGUACCUGGAGCUGGCUGUGGGGCAGCGCAUGCGGCAGGGCAGCAUUGGUGCCUGGAGGACCAUCAGCCCCUACCUUAGUGGUGUCGGCAUUGCUAGCUUGGUGGUCUCGGUUUUGGUCUCUGUGUACUACAAUGUCAUCAACACCUGGGCUAUCUGGUACCUCUUCCACUCCUUCCAGGAUCCCCUGCCGUGGUCUGUCUGCCCACUGAAUAGUAACCGAACGGGCUAUGAUGAAGAGUGUGAGAAGGCUUCGUCAACACAGUACUUCUGGUACAGGAAAACACUCAACAUCUCACCGUCCAUCCAGGAGAAUGGAGGAGUCCAGUGGGAGCCAGCACUGUGCCUCACCCUGGCCUGGCUUAUUGUCUAUCUGUGCAUCCUGCGGGGCACUGAGUCAACUGGCAAGGUGGUCUAUUUCACCGCAUCAAUGCCUUACUUUGUGCUCAUCAUCUACCUGGUCCGGGGCCUCACACUUCACGGAGCCACCAAUGGCCUGACAUACAUGUUCACACCCAAGAUUGAGCAGCUAGCCAACCCCAAGGCCUGGAUCAAUGCAGCCACACAGAUCUUCUUCUCACUGGGCUUAGGGUGUGGUGGCCUGAUCGCUUUUGCCAGCUACAAUGAACCCUCCAACGACUGCCAGAAGCAUGCUGUCAUUGUGUCUGUCAUCAAUAGUACUACUGCCAUAUUUUCCAGCAUUGUCACCUUCUCCAUCUAUGGCUUCAAAGCUACCUUCAACUAUGAAAACUGCUUAAACAAGGUGAUUCUGCUGCUGACCAAUUCUUUUGACCUUGAAGAUGGCUUUCUGACAGCCAGCAACCUGGAGGAGGUGAAGGACUACCUGGCAUCUACUUACCCAAACAAGUACAGUGAAGUGUUCCCACACAUUAGAAACUGCAGCUUGGAAUCAGAGCUGAACACGGCUGUCCAGGGCACAGGCCUGGCCUUCAUCGUCUACACUGAGGCCAUUAAAAACAUGGAAGUGUCCCAGCUCUGGUCAGUGCUCUACUUCUUCAUGCUGCUAACACUGGGUAUGGGAAGCAUGGUAGGGACAGGAACAGCCAUCCUCACCCCUCUGACUGACAGCAAGGUCAUCUCCAGCUACCUGCCCAAGGAGGCCAUUUCAGGUCUGGUGUGCCUCAUCAACUGUGCUGUUGGCAUGGUGUUCACCAUGGAGGCUGGGAACUACUGGUUUGACAUAUUCAAUGACUAUGCAGCCACGCUGUCUCUGCUGCUCAUUGUGCUGGUGGAGACUAUAGCUGUGUGCUACGUGUAUGGGCUGAGGAGAUUUGAAAGUGAUCUUCGGGCCAUGACUGGUCGGCCCCUCAACUGGUACUGGAAGGCCAUGUGGGCUUUUGUGAGCCCACUGCUCAUCAUCGGCCUCUUUAUCUUCUACCUGAGUGACUACAUCCUCACGGGAACGCUGCAGUACCAAGCCUGGGAUGCUACUCAGGGCCAUGUGGUGAUUAAGGAUUACCCUACAUAUGCACUCGCUGUCAUUGGGCUUCUGGUAGCCUCCUCUACUAUGUGCAUCCCUCUGGUAGCCCUGGGGACUUUUGUCACACGCCACCUCAAGAGCAGAGAACAGUUUCCCGAGGCCUGA